CCCCUCCCCUGCCCCAUCGCCUCUCCUCAGAUUGAUCCCCCCUCCCCCUCUCUUCCCCCCUCCCUCUCGCCGCAUCGCCGUGAGAAUGCACCAUCCGCCCUUGUGCCCCUCCCACGUUUGAUCACUCCACCACACAUCCUACGACCCCCUUCUCGCACCUAUCCACCCCUCCGCAAUAUGGCCACAGCAGCGAGCUUUGCCGGCCUGGAGCAGGCACGCGGGCGCAGCCCCGCGACUGUCCCCCGGCAGAAGCCCCGCGAUGGCCGCCGCCACCAGUUCUGCUGGGAGCACCUCCAGGAGGAGAUGGGCGGCCCGGCCAGCUGCUCGCCAUCCUCAUCGGACCUCCGUGUCGCCGCGGCCGCGGCCACCGCCGCCCCGGCUCCCCAACGCCAGCCCUGCCGACUGUCGGACAUCCUUGCCAAAUUGCUGCCCUUCUGCCCCCAGGCCUCGGCCCUGGGGACCACGGCGGCGGCGGCCUCGACCCGCGCCCCUGGCUCCCGGUCUCGGGCCCCUGCAUUUCCCCCUGGCCCGGCCAUUGCCGCCGUGGUGCCACACCUUGCCAGCUUGGCUCUGUCUUCCUUGACCGGGGCCGGCUCCACCGCCGACCCUGGCCCCCGGUCGACCACCGCCGCCGGCCCGACUGUGGCCCCGGCUCCAGGCACCACCACGCCCGGUGUCCUGUCCACUCUGUCCACCCUUGGCACCCUGCCCUUAUCGGAGCUGGUCGACUGUUCCCAGGACAUUCGUACUUCCUGCUUCGAUUGGCUGGCCGACAGUCGGACCCUCUCCCUUCGCGGCCGCGGCUUGACCAAGCUUCCCCUGCGCAUCCUGGAGGCCUUUCCCCAAGCCCGGCGCUUGGACCUCAGCGAGAAUGCCCUGAAUUUGAACCACUGCACGGUCGACUGGUCGACGCAGGUUUCCCGCUCGGCCGAUGCCACCGCCGGCCCCGGAAUGACCACCACCCUGCGCAGCCUCUUUCCCGAGCUCGAGUGGUUGGACAUUAGCCGGUCGGAUUUGUCGGCCUGGCCCCGGUGCGGUGUGGCCGGUCCCUCUGCUGCCCCUGCGCCGGGGGACUCGUCGUCCGUGCCGGCGGCCGCCCCCCCGGCCGGGCCUUCCUCUGUGUCGACCGAAACUCUGGCCGCCCCUCCGGCGUCCAUCUGUCGUUGUCGCUCAUUCUGGGUCUUCCCCUCGACGCUGCGGCAUCUGCGUCUGGCUGGGUGCAAUCUAACCAGCCUCUCGGAUCUCGGCCUGCAGCAGCUCCCCCAAUUGGACACCCUGAACCUGGCUGGCAAUCGCCUGGUCUAUCUGGACCAGGACUUCACCCAGCUCUCGCGGCUGGCCCACCUGAAUGUUUCGGACAACCACCUGGAGCACUUGACCCUGGCCACGCCCUUUUCCACGGUGUGUCGAUGCGGCCGCCCGCGCUUGGCCCCCCCGGGGCCGGAUGGGUUUGGGUCCCUCGUGCGCAAUCGCCUCGAGACCCUGGCGCAAUUGCAAACGCUCCUGGUCGCCGGGAAUCGCUUGACCGACCUGCCGGCGAGUCUUUCGGGCCUUGCCCAGCUGGAGGUCCUCCAUGCCAGUGGCAAUCGCAUUCGCGCGCUUCCGGCCUCCUUUGGCGAUCUGACUCGCUUGAAGGUGCUCAACCUGUCGCGCAACCUCCUCGCCGCGCUGCCUUCCCGACUGCUGUUGGCCACGCACCUGGAAAUCCUCCACCUCGAGGACAAUCCCCUGGUGCCGGUGCACCGGCCUCUCGGCCGCAUCACCCCGGCCGGCACCGUGGAGCUGGUUUCUCUCCCGCGUGUGGCGCUUUUCCCCCAUUCGGCGGCAAUCCGUGCCGCCCGUCCCAAUGGCAUCGGCCACCAGGAGGAAGAGACGGCCGAUGGUUCUCCGGGCCCGGAAGCUACCAUCGAUGUUCCGCUGCUUCGGACCCGGGACCUCAAGGCUCUCGAGCAGACCCCGGCCGUUGCCUCCACCAAGCGCCAGCUCCCGGCAGAGGACUGGCUCCUUCCGGAUGUCGGUUCGGCGACUGUUGGCACCCUGGCCACCACUCCGCUGGCCAAAGCUCCCCGCCUUGCCACGGGCUUCCCCCCUCCUUCCCGGCCUUCUGGGCCCCUGUCGACCGAUCAACUUCUGGCCCUGGUUGGUGGCCGCAGCGACAUCCGGAUGUCCGCUUCGGCGUCCUCUCCCACCGCCAGUGGGCUGGGAACCGCCGCCGCCGCCGCCGCGGCCACCGUCGGCAGUCGUUGGCUUCCCUCCUCCGAUCCGGCUUCCCUCCUUGGCCGAGUGGCUGUUGCGGCUGCCUCCCGGCUACGGUCCUCCUCCUCCUCCUCCUCCUCCUCCUCCUCCUCCUCCUCCACCGCCCCCCCCUCCCGUGUGAGCGAUGGAUCGCUUGUUGGCGGCCUGUCUGCCCGCUUGGACCGCCUGUUGGCCGAUGACCCGGUCACCUGCGCCACCUGUCAUCGGGAAUUUCUCCUUCGUGACUUGUUAGACUGCGUGCAUGCCGGCUCUUCGGCAUACACCGGACCGCGGCACUCCUUCCGCGGUGUUCCCCGCGAGCUGGCUCUCGCCUUUUCGCCUGUUCACAUUCUUCCGGUGGACUUCGCCACGGCCUGUGCCGUGCCGAUGGUCUUGGCCACCUGCUCGGCUGCCUGUGCUGCCGGCAUCCUCCGCCCGGCCGAUGCUACUCUUGACAUGACGGCUGUCUUUGGCGCCGGCGGCGGCGGCGGCGGCGGCGGCGACCUCGCCACCCGGGCCACCCCGUUGCGUGUCACCGAGUCCCUGGUGGAGGAGUGGAUUGCCGAGCACUUUGCCGAUUCCCCCCCGAGCCACCGGGAAUCCCUGCGCUUCCUGCUGCAGCCCGGGAAUGCCGCUGCUUUGGCCAACUGGGGCCGGCUACUGCGCAUCCGCAAGGCACAUUGGCCCUCGGCCGCUGACCCGGGGCUCCUGAACCAGUUGCUGUCUUCCACACUUGGCGGAUCCCAUUGGUCGCAGUGCUCUUCGGUGGCGGUUUCGGGCGGCCUGGCCUCCGGUGUCCCGGUGCCAGCCACUCCGCCCUCUUCUCCGUCGGCGGGCGCCGGCAUCGCUUUUUCUUCCCUCCCCCUGCAGUCGGCCAAGUGCUCGAUUCUUUCGUGCUACAUCAAUGUCAUGGGCCAAGCUGUCCCCUCGUCGGCGAACGUGUCCUCGUUGGCGGCUACCCCUCCCCCGUCUUCCUCAUCUGGCGAGGAGGAGGACGAGGAUUGGGAAGCAGCGGUGUUUGUCCACGAGGGACAGAUGUCGCAACAGGUCCCGGAUGCACGGGCUCCUUCUCUCACCUGCUUUGACCGGGCGCUCCUCCAUCAGUUCCUUUUUACGGAGAAGCAGUCCCGUGAGUCGACAGUGUGAUGUGUCGGUGGAGGAGCCAAUCAUCCCCCCUCCCCUCCCUCCUCCCCGUUCCACCCUGCCCAUUACCACGCAGAUGUGCUCCCCCUGGUGGGGGCAGCCAGGAGGAGGAGGCUACGAGGCCGAGUGUAGAAAGUGCGGGCAUGUACCCGGGGGAGGAAGACUCUCAGCUUCCCCCCUUUCUCGUCGGGCUUCGGUUGUGUGGCCCGCGCGCUCCCUGUUUUGUCCGUGUGUGUGUGUGUGUGUAUGUGUGCCCCCCCCCCACCCCCCAGCCACGGUGUACUUCCUGAUGACUUUCCGGCUUCCUGCUCCUCUCUUCCUCGUUUUCCCACUCUCCCUCCCCUUCUGCGUUUCGGCGCGUAGAGCGGGUCUCUACACCCCCCCCCCCUCCUCUCCUGUACAUUAGUUCAAUAUAUCUCCCCUUCUCCC